AUGGCAGAAAUGUAUCAAGCAGCCGCGAUCGCACUAGGCACUUUGUCGGGAGUGUACCUCCUUAUUGCGAUUGUUCAAUCAUGGAGAUUCUAUUGCCGAGCGCAGACUGAGAGCCGGGAUCUCGAGAAUGGACUGGCGAAUCGAGGUGACCGCGCUGACAUCCAUGGCGACGAUAUCUGGAUCUUUGGAUCUGUGGCGAGUCGAUCCACUAGCCAUUGCCCAAGGAGAGGAAGCUAUGUACGAGUGAUGUCCGAGAGCUCUGACGCCUCUUCGGUGCAGGCAAUGAGUCCAGCAAAUCCGACAACCAGAGUUGCCCCUAAGACUAGAGCAACCAUGCCUGAGGGAGGAAGGAACGACGGAACACAUUUGCAUGCUUGGACACAAGAACACACGGCGGCACUUCCGAGCCCAGCCAGAGUUUAUCAAGCUCAGCCGAUCCGAUUUCAGCAUGCCAGUCUUGUCCCAAUACCGCUUCGACCGAGACAAGGGAUGGCGUCCCAAGUCGCUGGAGCAAGACGUGAGAGCAGACGAAGCGAGUCUGUAGAGGUCGAUAUACGUCCUACUCCAGACGGACAUUUCCUUUUGCAUCCGCAUCCACUCCGGUCGCAUCCUGUGUCAAUUGGCAUACCGGCGCAGGCAGGGCAGCUAGAAGGCAGACAAAAAGAGACCGCCGGCAUUCAACAACGUUCAUUGACAAUCACUGACAGUCAAGUCAUGAGAGCAGCGGUGCAGAGUGGGCUGUGCCGUCCUGACUCGACCACUCUGGGCGUGGAGCAGCCAGACCCAUGCACCUCAGCCGCAUGGUACCGGGAGGCCCAAGAGAAAAAGUCUGAUGGGGUUCGCAACAGACCCCAAGAUAUUGUCAGCGGUCAAUUCCAAGCAUGUGGCCAGCAGCGCAUGUUGAUUGGGACGGCGCUCUGA